UAUUGGUACGCAGCUGAAAUCCAAUCCACUUAGACCGCUUGGUGCUAAGGAAAGCCCAGUUGGGCGAAUACACACUUUCUUCGUCGGCGGAGACGAGGAAACCAAUAGAGACCGUCAGGCGGAAGAAAACAGGAUGGACGGACCCAACAGGCCAACGAACGUCAACUCGAGCGUUGCAGCGACGAAAACAGCUCAGGCCACUCAGCCUCAGGAGGUUCUUGGCCUUGGAGACACCCAUGUAAUGGUAGUUAUUAUGAUACUUCUGCUUCUAGGCCUAAUGCGGGCGGCAAUGUCGCCAUGCAUUUGCUCCUAAAUUGCGGACCUGAGUUCGGCAGAUGACAUGCCUUCUGCCUCGUAUUGCAUGGAGGGCCGAUGCUCGGCGCCGUGAGCCAUAGUAAACACUGUCUUGUUGAUAAUGAGUUACCUGUACUCCGGCUUUGGGUAGGACAACCUAUGUACUUUUAGGACUUCCGAACUGUUGCUUCAUUGCGGGUUUGUAUUGGAAUAAAACACAUGUGCGGUGCGCUUCGUUAGUCGUGACCAGCCCUGCACUUUCUUCUGCGUUUGUGUACCCUCUUCAAACGUACCUUCUUAUGUUCGGGGUUGGUCAUGUCGUCCUGUACGCUUUACAACACAUGCCGCCCGUCGUCGUUCAGUAGUUGUUUGCCUGGUAUUGACGUUGCAAAUGGUAGUAACCCCCUGGUGUAGAUCGCCGGUCGACCCGUGGGCCGGGUGAGCUAGGUUUCUUGACCGGUGGACCGCACGCGCAGCCAAUGUGUUGCCCCCGAAUGUCACCCUGACUGUUUGUUGGUGGUAUUGGGGCACACGCGCUUGAAGGGUGUACUUAUUAACUGACGCAUGAGGGGCAUGACGCAUCUAACCCUAGUGACGUAUUAACCUGCAAACUUCUUUAGGUGUAGAACUCGCGGAUGGAGGCAUUUACGCUAGGCCUCCUGUACCCUGCCUGCACAGUGGAAAUCUGUUAUCGGUGGUGUAACCUGCAACGGCUCA